ACCACACUAGAUGCAAUUGAUCAGGAAACUGGUGUUCCAACAGAGUCAAGCAAACACACUCGAGCAAGUGUUCAUGGAACAGUAAAAGAAAUGAUCCGAAUUUUGCUUAAAAAAGAACCAUUUAAGUACACAUCAGGAAGAACUUUGGUAUCAUUUCCAAAUGUGAAAAAAACACCGCUGGAGGCUGUUGAUGUCAUUGCUCUAAACAAAUGGCUUACAAAUCACAAGAAGAGUUUAUCAAAAGACUUAUUUGCUACAGUUAGCAAUGAUGAAAGUAAUGAAGAUGGUGAUACUGAUACUGAAACUCUGAUUCCAGCCAUCCUGAUAGUGAUGAUGAUGACAAUAUGUAAAUGGUAUAAUUACUAA